CUCACCAUGAGCUACUCGAUGGUCUUGUACGCCGUCGGCGUUCUCGUCGCGUUUGCUCUCUACAAGUUAGUGCCGCACGUAUACGGUAUACUCACAUCGCCCCUUCGACAUCUCCCUGGCCCGCCGACCGAGAGCUUGAUCUGGGGAAACAUGGAGCUCAUACAGAGGGAAGAAAACUCGGUGCCUCAAGAACGAUGGGUGCAGCAGUACGGGCCUGCCAUUGCCUACAAAGGCGUCUUCGGCAUGUGGCGUUUGUGGACGGUAGACACCCGUGCGCUGAACCAUAUCAUGACGCACCAUACCAUCUACCAGCGUCCGCUGCCCGCCAGGUACGGGAUCUCCCGCGUUGUUGGCCCCGGUGUCCUCGUGGCUGAAGGUGAACAGCACAGGCGCCAGCGCCGCGUGAUGAACCCUGCUUUCGGCCCGGCGCAGGUUCGCGAACUCACGGAGAUCUUCACGGAAAAGUCGAACCAGUUGCGGGACUGUUGGCUCGGGGAGAUAUCCAAGAACGGCGGCGCGUCUGCGCAGGUGAACGCGCUCCCGUGGCUCGGUCACGCGACACUGGACAUCAUCGGCCGCGCGGGCUUCGGGUACGACUUCGAUGCGCUCAACCCGACGGGGGAGACCAACGAGCUGAGCGAGGCGUUCUCCACGCUCUUCACGGUGCCCCAGGGAAAUCGGCGUUUCUUCGCGUUCCUGCAGGGGAGCGUUCCCCUGUUGCGGCUCAUCAAAACAGAGAACGACCGCAGGGCUGAGCAGUCGCAGGCAACCAUGCGUCGCAUCGGUAUGCAGCUCAUCCGGGAGAAGAAGGCGGCGAUCAUGGCAGAGACCCUCGAGAAGGGCCGGGGCGUCGAACGCAAGGACAUAAGGGAGCGCGACCUGCUCACACUCCUCAUUCGCGCAAACAUGGCGACGGACAUCCCCGAGGACCAGCGACUGACCGACGACGAGGUUCUUGCGCAGGUCCCGACGUUCAUCGUCGCCGGCCACGAGACGACGAGCACGGCGACGACCUGGGCGCUGUUCUCGCUCACUCAACGGCCCGACGUGCAGCGCAAGCUGCGCGAGGAGCUGCUGCAGGUGGCCACGGACAGUCCGACGAUGGACGAGCUGAACGCGCUGCCGUACCUGGACGCAGUCGUGCGCGAGACGCUGCGGCACCACUCGCCGGUGCCGGCGACGACACGCGAGGCGUUCGAGGACGACGUCAUCCCGGUGGACACGCCGUACAUGGACAGGUACGGCAGGGUGCGCGAGCACAUCGAGGUCAAGAAGGGCGACCUCGUCUUCCUGCCCAUCCUCGCGCUCAACCGGCGCAAGGAGAUCUGGGGCGAGGACGCGCACGAAUUCAAGCCUGAGCGUUGGGAGCACAUCCCCGAAGCGGCGGCAAAUGUACCUGGUGUGUGGGGCAACCUGCUCACGUUCAUUGGCGGGCCGCGGGCGUGCAUCGGCUACCGGUUUUCUCUCGUCGAGACCAAAGCGCUGCUCUUCGCGCUUGUACGCGCCUUCGAGUUCGAGCUCGCCGUCCCGGCUGAGAGCAUCAAGAAGCGCAGCAGCAUCACGACGCGCCCCGUCAUCACCGGGCCCGAUGGUAAGUCCAAGGGCUCGCUCCCGCUUAUUAUCCGGCCGUACAGAGCGUAGUCGCUGUGGCGCACGGGAUCCGGGAUGUGGAAAACAGAAUGUCUGGGUACAGCUAGCGAUAUUGGACACCUGGUUUGUUAAGAUAUUUAAAAUAAGCUGUUUAAAAAGCGGCACAGGGACUUCGUUGGGUAGAAGUGUCGCGUUGUAAUAGCGUAUUCGCCUGUAUCGAUAGGUCCUCCUUCCUCUGCAGCAAGGAUUGAGUCAACUCUGAC